GUUGUCAGAAUAUGUUAUGUGUGUGUGUGUGUGUGUGUGUAUGUAGAAAUUCUUUUCGUGGUUAUGAAGAAACAUGCUUUAUAUAUAUGUAUGUAUGUAUACAUGAGUUCAGAAAUUCUUGUGGUUAUGAAGAACCAUACUUCAACCAAGGAUUUUGUUUUCUAUGCUACUAUAUGUGUAUGCAUGGCUGUUGAUUAAGACAUCUGUCCCGGAUUAGAAGAAUUAUUCAUCAUUAUCGAUCACACACCAUGUCAAUUGGUCCCAACAUUAUCUCAGCAUCACCAUCUUCAUCAUUAAAUUAUUGGACAUUUACUUCGUAAAUGUAUCACUAGCGGCUGGGAAGAAAUGCUAAUUAACGGGAAGUGGGAGGGAGUGUUGAGAUAAAAUUUAGAAUUUGUAUCUGUAAUUAUUUUGCAUAAAGUGAUUGUUUUUAUAUUCGAAUUUAUUCUUUCAUGCUUGUCAAUUUAAUUUAUUACCGUUGUCCCAAGAUAAUAUGAUAAUGUAAAAUGUCCCUGCGAUAAUAUUUUUUUAGCUUGGAAAAUGUCUCGAUAACGUGUAUACAAACUCAGUUACAUAAGCACUCUGUAAUUGUUCUGAUUUCUAGUGAACUGCAGACACAACACUGCAACAAUGGAAUGCUAUCUUCCAUACAAGGUCAUCUCUCUCUUCCUUCUCCUUUCAACUGCUUUGUCAGCUUCGAUAGGGGAUGAUCGUGGGACCUACAUCAUCCACAUGGACAAAUCAGCUAUGCCCACUCCCUUCUCAGAUCAUGAUAAUUGGUACACGUCGAUGCUUUCGUCCCUGUCAUCGUCCGAUCAUGGCGUUUUCCCAACCCAUCUCUACACCUACAACCAUGUGUUGGAUGGCUUCAGUGCAGUGCUAUCUCGGUCUCAACUAGAUCAGUUAGAGAAGAUGCCUGGCCAUAUUGCCACAUACCCUGAGACCUCUGGAAAGCUUCACACUACACAUACACCAGAGUUUCUUGGCCUGAAAAAGAGUGCUGGCUUGUGGCCUCAAGCCAAUUUUGGUGAUGACAUGAUUAUUGGUAUAAUCGACAGUGGCAUCUGGCCAGAAAGUGAGAGUUUCAGAGAUGAUGGCAUGACCCCGGUGCCAGAGAGAUGGCGCGGGACAUGUGAGUCGGGAGUUAAAUUCAACUCUUCUUAUUGUAACAAAAAACUCAUUGGAGCUCGCUCUUUCAGUAAAGGGAUGAAGCAACAAGGGCUAAACAUAUCAAGAACUGAUGACUACGACUCUCCGAGGGACUUCUUUGGACAUGGGACUCACACAUCGUCAACUGCUGCUGGGAGCCCAGUACAAGGUGCCAAUUACUUUGGUUAUGCAGAAGGAACAGCAACUGGGGUUGCACCAAAAGCCCGGCUUGCCAUGUACAAGGUUCUAUUCCUCACCGACACCAUCAAGUCUGCUGCCACUGACACGUUAGCCGGCGGCAUGGACCAAGCCAUAGCUGAUGGAGUAGAUCUCAUGUCAUUGUCAUUGGGAUUCAGAGAGACGCCUUUUGAUGAAAACCCUAUUGCAGUGGGAGCUUUUGCAGCCAUGGAGAAAGGGAUUUUUGUGUCUUGUGCAGCUGGGAAUGCUGGUCCAAAUGGUUUCACCAUAGACAAUGGAGCUCCUUGGAUCACAACUGUUGGUGCUGGGACAAUCGAUCGCGAUUAUGCAGCUAAUGUUACAUUUGAUGAUGAGGCCUUCACUGUUGGAGGAAAAUCUGUCUACCCAUUAGACUUGUCAGUGUCUAGGGUUCCAAUAUACUUCGGCCAAGGGAAUAGAAGCAAAGAAAUUUGCGGCAAUUAUUCUCUUGACCCAAAAGAUGUUGCAGGGAAGUUUGUUUUCUGUGACUUCAUUGAUGAAGAUUCAGGAGUCAAUACGUUUGAAAUAGAAAGGACAGGAGCUGCUGGAGCAAUCUUUAGUACAGACUUCCAAAGAUUUCUUAAGCCAAGUGAUUUCAAUUUUCCAUUUGUGGCAGUAACCCCAAAUGAUGGAGAUUUGAUCAAAGACUACCUAAUCAAAACAGAGAACGCAACCGUUAGCACCAAAUUCCAGAUAACAGUGUUGGGUACUAAGCCUACCCCUAUCGUGGCGUGGUUCUCAUCAAGAGGGCCAGAUCGCAAGUCUCCAUGGAUACUAAAGCCUGAUAUUUUAGCUCCUGGGGUUGAUAUUUUAGCUGCAUGGGCACCCAAUAUAGGAAUUGCACCAAUAGGAGACGACUAUUUGCUUAGCGAUUUUGCACUCCUCUCUGGCACUUCCAUGGCCUCUCCCCAUGCAAUUGGUGUAGCGGCGCUUCUAAAAACACUCCACAAGGACUGGAGCCCAGCUGCCAUACGAUCAGCCAUGAUGACGACUGCUUAUGUGAUUGAUAAUGCUAAUGGCCCGAUCAUUGACAUGACCACUGGAGUUGCUGGGACUCCUCUUGAUUUUGGGGCAGGACAUUUCAACCCUGAAAAAGCAAUGGAUCCUGGUCUUGUUUAUGAUAUAGAGGUGCAGGACUAUAUCAAUUACUUGUGUGGAAUGGACUACACAAGCAAACAGAUUAAGAUCAUCACCAGAAGGUCGAAUUUUAGUUGCGAUCAAUCCAGUCUUGACCUUAAUUACCCAUCUUUUAUUGUUAUCCUCAACAACACUAACACUAUGAGUUACACCUUUAAUCGGGUCUUAACAAAUGUAGUAGAUGGUCCCUCCACUUAUCAUGCAGUGGUGAAGGCUCCGUCAGGAAUGGAUGUUGUUGUGCAGCCCCCGGUAGUGUCCUUCGCUGGAAAGUACAGUAAAGCUGAGUUCAACAUAACGGUAGAGGUCAAUGUCGAAUAUGCUAGUCCACAGAGUGAUUCCAUAGUGAAUUAUGGGUAUUUAAGUUGGAAUGAUGUUAAUGGAACUCAUAUGGUGAGAAGUCCUAUUGUUGCUUUCUAUGCACCUUAAGUAAGAGGUACAUAACCAUUUUAUCUUUCCAGACAUAUUAGCCAUAUUGCAGAUUUAUUUUUUGUGAGUAUUGAUUUGGAAUAAUGUUAAGGGCUAUCAUGUGAUGAAAAGUCCUCUUGUUGCUACCCAUUCAGCUUAUUUAAAAGGUGUAUAAUCAUUUAUUG